AGUCUAUCGGAAUGGGGUUUCUAGGUGAAAAAACGCACUUGGCCAUUGGUCUGAUUGGUGGCAUAGUAGUGUUCACAACUUUAGUAAUAAUCCUAAUUUGUUUUCUUUGCUACCGUCAAAGAAACAGAAAUAUAAUCAACAGGGCGGUAGCCCCAACUAACUAUACAGACCCUAGUGAUGCUAUCACGGCAAAGAGGAGUUCUACUUAUGCAACACCUUAUGAUCAGUGGAAGUCACAGAACGGGGUCCUAUCCGUCCGCCAUGUCUCACAAAAGAAAAGCCCCGGAUAUUAUAAUGUGGACGUACAAGACGGACUCUGUGAGCGAGUACGUCCACCAAGAAAAGGCAAAAAGGGAUCACAUCGGGAGUAUUUCAACGUCCAAGUAAAGGCCACCAAAAAGAACCAGAAAGGCUCACAGAAGGAAUACUGGGACGUUCAUGUAAAGAACGAUUCAACAGAACCACAAACACCCGGAAGUGGGUCAGGAACUCCGCAGAAUGACGGAGUUCCGAUUCGACAGGAAAGCCGGCGAAAAGAUCUACCAACGCCUUACUCUUGUAUAGAACUCGAUUGAAAAGAACGUCCGAUUUUCAGCAAAAUGUGAUAAAAAUUAUUGUACUGUGUGAAGAAAAACUUUGCAAUUGUGAAACCCACAUUUUUGAUGCGAUUGUGACUCUAAGCAUGUUUAAAUAAAGCGAGACUAUGCGACUGUAAAACCGGACAUAUCACACUAUCAUCUACAUGUAUGCUGUAUUCCUGAUUAUUUUGUUUUCUGGGUGGUGAUAUGUCUCUUAUCUUUGUAUAAUGACAAGUGUGAUGACAUGGAAUGUUCACGUGUGGUGACAUAAUAUACUUUAUGUUCACCUGUGCGGUGACAUGACGUGCUGUUAUGUUCACCUGUGUGAUGACAUGACGUACUGUUAUGUUUAUCUGUGUGAUGACAUGACGUACUGUUAUGUUCACCUGUGUGGUGACAAGAUGACAUGACGUGCUGUUAUGUUCACAUGUGUGGUACCAUUACGUGCUGUGUGGUGACACAACAUGCAAAUGUUGUAAUCGUGUUGUGAAAAGACACGUCUUCACCUGUAUGAUGAAAACUAUGUUCAAUAAUGACUUAUUAUUUUU